UUUGGCUGGCACAUAAUCUAACUUGCCACUCGACUCGCCUGGGACGCAAGAGAAGGCAACGACUCUUGAAGCAACCGCUCCUCCCUUCCUCUGCUCUGCACCAACCCCCACGGCCGGCCCCAAUCGAACCAGGUGAGGGAGGCUGCCAACUACGCGGGCUACCGAGGAAGGGAGGCGCGUCCGGCGGCCUGAAGAUGGCCGCGCCGGGCGCCGACGAGCACCGGAAGCGGGGCCGGGGACGGCCCUCCCGCGCCGAUCUGCUCCUCAACUGCGACCUGCCCCCACCGGCCAAGCUCUUCGGCCCCCUCCCGACUCCUCUGCACAGAGAAAGACUGGAGAGCGCGGCGGGGACGGACAAGAAGGGCGACGGCGGCAACGAGGACCUGCGGCGGGCGCUGCGGCUGUCGCAGUCGCGGGCGCGGGAGGCGGAGCAGAAGCUGGCCGCGACCAACGGAGGCCUCGCGGCGCUGCUCGUGCGGGACUCGGUGCUGCUCUCGGCGCACCGCCGGUGGGUGAUGAUGCUCGAGGCCGACAACUCCGCGCUCAGAGCCGCCGGCGCCGAGCCUGAAGAUGAUGAGGAGGAUGGGGAUGGCGCCCGGCGCGGUGUCGCGGCCGCGUGGUGGGUCGCGCUGGCGGUUUGCGUCGUCGGCCUCGCCCUCGGCGCUGCUCGUGUUGGACCGAGCCUAAUCCUGCUCUGAAAUUAAGUUAAUUAACCAUCCAUCCAUAGUUGGUUAUUACAGUGGUUAAUUAUGUGAGAAUGUUAACAUCUGCUUGAUGCUCUGCA